UGGAUUGAGAUAUCGAAGAUGUAAUUGCAAUUCGCAAAUAUAAAUAACUAGCUCUCAUAAUGUGUUCAUUUCCUUACAAAUCCUGAAUAAUAAUGAUUCUGUGUUGUAGAUGAUCCUUUGAGAGAAUAAUACAGUAAACGAGACCAUAUAUCAAAGAAAAUACCACCCCAAUGAAAUAGCCUCUAAAUAAGGGCAAGAUUAAGAAAAUAGAAACAACUAGGUUCUUUGUUCACUUAGCACACUUAUUUAAAAAUAAAUCUCGAAGGAAUAAAAAGAUUCUAAAUGAAAGCAAACUUAAAGUGUGAAAGCAAGAGUGAAAAGCCAGACAUGAUAAAGAAAGGCUAAAUUCAUCAACUUGAUUACAAAAUUAUAAUAGGCUGCAGAGACUAUCUUUGAGUAAAAAUAAUAGUCUUAGCAAAAGUGAUAUACAAAGGCAAGAGAAGAUUGUUGCUCGAAAGUCUCAGUCUAGCCAAGCAGUGAAAAGACACCAGUCUGAGAUUACUUUUAUCCAGCCAUCUUUACUCUAUCAUAAAAAACGGCCAAAGAAAAAGAACAUUUCCCAGUUCUUCAAAAUCUCCCACAAUAAGUCAUUACUCAAGAACAGGAAGAAGAGCCGUAGAAAAACAAGAAGAAGAGGAAAGAGAAAGCCUAGCAUUGAAAUAUUCUACCUCAAUGGGAACUAAUUAUAAAAAGUGUAUUGAGACAGUUCAA